GCCUCGUCGGCGGUCUUGCUUUGGUGUCACCGACCCUCGUCAAAGCAGAGCAAUCUCUUUGGCGGUGGUCAGCAGGGUUCCCGACGUGGUAGCCUCAGGGUUGCUGCAGACACCGCUUGUCCAGCACAUCCAUGCAGCGCGCGUAAGCACUUGUGGCCUUCCCCUCCGUUUCGAGGGUUUGACGGCCCAAGGCUGCGUGCUGAACAAGUGGGCCGGCGGUGUGAGUACUUGUCUACUUGUGACACAGUGCAAGCACCGCUGCUGGGAACUUCUGUGUUUGUGCGCGCUGGUUGGUGGGUUGGUGUUGAUGCUCGUGUUGAUGUAUGUCAGUGCUGGCUGGAUAGUGCUUGGAGUUUGAGUGCUUCACCCUCCGCUCUGUGGCCUGUUGUUUGGCGGGAAACGUAACGCUGCACAAACACAAACACACACACACACACACGCACACAUACAUACACACACGCGUACCCACAUGCACAUGAACAACAACAGCAACAACAACACUACCGACUCACGAGUUCACAUCAUGUCACAUGGGACAGCCAUUUGACUUCAACACUGCAGACACCAUGGCAGACCUCAGUGGUGGCCCUCGCAUCGUGUGGUUCAAGGCGCUGUACACGCACCAAAAGACGAAGAAGCGAAAGACUUACCAGGACGGCCUGCUCAAGUGGGACGUGGAGCGCUCCAAGGCCAUCUUGUACAAUGAAGGCGGGACCGGCAGCGCCUUGGACUCAGUGUUCCAGCGGCGGCAACUGCAGCCCGGCGACGACCUGGAGUCCGACCGCUACCUCAUCCAGCUGGAGGAAGUGGACGAGCAGCGCACCUCUGGCGGUCUUGUGCAAGCGCCAGCACCAGCGUCAUCGCCAUCGCCCUCCUCAUCCCCGACACGCGCCCUUCCACAACAACGACGUGCAUCCGGGCAGCGGCUAUACCCGCAGUUCCACCGCCACCCACCACACACCACCUCUGCCACUGCAGGCACUGCCAGCACGCCCACGACACCCCCGUCCACGAGCGCAUCAACGUCGCCCCAGCGUCCUCUGAAGCAGCAGCAGCAGCAGCCGCCGUUCAAGCGCCCGCGGUUUCGCGCACCUCACCGCCGUGCAUCCUCUGCAGCGCAACAGCAGAACCCAACAGCACCGCCAGCCCACGAUCCCCUUGCACCAGGUAUGGGUGGUGACGGACAGUGGCGGCAGCGGCGGCGUGUGCAACGGCCUCGCUAUCCCAGUGGCGACGACCAGCCGGGCGGCGUGUCGCCAGCAUCACGCCCAAUGCAGGUUGGCGGCGGCCUUCCCCCUCAUCACCACCAGCACCACCAGCACAACCCGCACCAACACAACCCGCACCAACAUGACCCGCACCAGCCUCCACUUCACAUGGACGACAGCGCACCACCAAUCACGGCGCCAUGGCGCGGUGAAGACACAGAAAGUGGUGGUUUGCUUCUUGAUGAUGGCGGGCGCGAGCGUGCCCCGAAGCAAGCCAAGGUGAUUGGGAGGUCACACUGUCCGUCCAGCACAGCGCAGGCACCGGCCCUGAUUGGCUGCUUUGGUCACAGUGAAGCAACAUACCUGGUCACGCCAGCGUCGCCCAGCCGACAGCAGCCACAUCCACACGGCUCUCGUCGCGGUGCGAGCACGAGCCACAGCAGCGCGUCCGCAAUGACCAGCCACAGCAGCAGCACCAUCUCCUCCCAGUCAAUGCCAACCCCUGCGCCGUCAUCCCAACACCAUCAGCAGCAGCAGCAGCAGGCGACAUCUGGCCGCAGCGACGAGGCCCUCCUUGCCCUCCUGCUCGGCGGCAGUGGCAGUGGCAGUGGCAGUGGCAGCAGCGAGCACCAGCAUGGCUCCAUGCGCAGUGCACCUCCAGCCGCACCCAUGCGACCUCGUUACGCUCCAUCGCACUACCACCACCAGCAGCAGCACCAGCAGCAGCAUGGGGGAGAUGGCGGUGAUUACUUCCCGGACGAUGAGGACGAGACGGGGUUCCUGGAUGCGUUGUUGGGAGUCGAUGACGAAGGCACCCUCGCACCGGCUACAACAGCACCAGCACCAACACAUCCGCCAACGACCACGAGAGCGGCCACGGCUGAAGGAGGCACACGUGAUCUGUGGGGUGACAGCAGCCACUUGGACAACAAGGAGAACUUCACUGCCGCGACAGCGACGACACUGGGCGGUGGUGAGGCAGAUCCGUGGGCAAAUGCGGCGGACGUGGGCGAUGAUUACUGGGACGACGAUGACGGUCGCAACGCCCACAACGAUAACUACAACGACAACCACGACGGCACCAGCGACAGCACCACCACCCACAGGGCGAGAAGCGGCCAUGUGCUUGCUGAUGCUGGUGGUGCUGGUCGCAGUGGUUUCCGCGGUUUCAGCGGUUUCAGCGGUCCGCACGGUCGCGCACCAUCGUCAGCGCGAUCUGCCUCGUCAGCUGCAGUGCAACCUGGUCCGAGCGAAGUAACGCCACCAAGCCGCUGGGCACGGUUCGACCCCGCCUACAACAACAGCAAACAGCAGUCGCAGCAGCAGCAGUCGCAGUCAUCAUCAUCAUCAUCAUCAUCAUCGUCGUCGUCGUCCACGCAGCGCCCGUUCCUGAAUGCGCUGCGGGGAACGCGAGGUGUGAUGAGUGACCAGCACCCCACUUCCACCACCACCACUACCUUCACCACCACCACCGCACCCACACCCACAGCACUCCCACCACCUUCGCCCUCAUCCAGCACAUCCUCAGCAGGAGCAGAAGCAGGGAGGCGCAUGGACAACAUGGCGUUUCGAAAAGCGUUCAAGCACGCGUUGAAGCAGCAACAGCUGCAGCAGGGCGGCAAGCCCACUGCAUUCACUGCACCGGCCGUUCGCCUUGGGUCUGUGACGCGCGAGUACCACGUGCCCAAGCGGGAAGAAGCGCUGAGUCAGCAACGGUUGGAGCGAAAGGCAAUCAUUCCCUCGGAGCACGCCACAGUCACCGCCUACAAGUCCGCCCUCACCAACGCCCUCAUGGAGCAGAUCAACGCCAUGGUGUUUGACGUGUGCAAGUACUAUCAUCAGGCCAUGUCGUGCGUUGAUCUGAGCGAGUACAGGGCCGGUGCUGUUGCUGGCCGCGGCGCACAGCAGGACACAGCCCCGCACUGCAAACACGGCCGCACCCGACUCGUCACCGUCAAGAAGGAGGGCAAGAACAAGGGCCGCAUGUUCUACGUGUGUGCGCAGCAGCGCGGUGGGCAGUGCAACUUCUUCCAGUGGGCAGACCAGCCCGCGGGUGGGGAGGGUGCGAACCGCCAGCAGCGCAGCGCAGCAACAGCAGCGGUAGCAGCAAAGCCAAAGACGCCACAGGAGCUUGACAUGCUGCUGCGGCGCAAGAAUGUGCGGCUGUACAGCGAGGCGUCGCUGGAGUGGCGCGACCCGUUCAGGAAGAAGCGCGGUGGGCGCUAUUCGCGCUACGCCGAGGCCGAAUACGACGCGUAUGGCAGCAAACCCUCCACCGUCUACAUUGUGCUCCCGCGCAAGGAGCAGGGCUCUCAAUACGCAAAAUGGGACAUCUGGCUCGUGUCGCGCGACCUGGAAUUCAGGCCGUCGUCCACGUUCCUGGCGGCCGCCGCCUUCCACGGCCCAAACAAGACCGGCAGCCUCGAGCUCAAGCCAAUGGGUUCGUUUAAGCAGCGGGACUGGCGGCAGCAGGAUCGCGUGUUUGCCAUCCACGCCUUCAACGCGUCGACAGAGCUGACAUGUCUGCAGAACAUCCAAGAUCACCUGCACGCCAACGCGUUUCCCGUUCUCCCGUCGCUCCUCAACCUGGACGCCGCAGCCCGCCGCAACCUCCUCCGCACGAAGCACCGCUUGCUGAUGGGGCGGGGUGAAAUCAACGAUAUGGCCACCGCCUACAUUGAGCAAUACCACUUGAACGAGUACCAGGCUGCGUGUCUGCGGCGGUUUGCGGGCAUGCUCCCGUCCAUGGAUGCGGGCGCCGAUGUGGAGGACAACGGCAUUCUACUCGUGCACGGCGUGUACGGCAGCGGCAAGUCGUUUCUUGUCGCCGUCACCAUCCUCUUCCUCUCCACUGUCUUUGCCCGCAGCGACUCCUUUGAGGAAAAGUCGCUGGAGACGUCGCCGUGGCGCAUCUUGGUGUCGUCGACGACAAACGUGGCUGUGGACCGCAUCCUGCUGACGCUGCUUGAGCUGGAGUACGAGGACUUUGUGCGCGUGGGCAGCGCAAAGAAGAUUGCAAAGCCCGUGCUGCCGCUGUCGACGCACGGCACCGUCACCGCGGACCAGGACGAGGUGCGCAACCUGCGGCACAUGCUCAAGAGCGAGCUCUCCCGCACGGAGCGCGCGCAGGUGAUGAAGACGAUUGAGCGCCUGCGCCGCGGCGAAAACAGGUCGCGCCUGCUUUCCGCGCGCGUGGUGGGGGUGACGUGCGCCGCCACGGUGUUUGGGUGCCUGGACGACCUCAAGUUUCCCGUCAUCAUCCUGGACGAGAGCUGCCAGAUGACGGAGCCCAACGCGCUGCUGCCGAUUGCGCGCUUCGGCUGUGCGCAGCUGAUGAUGGUGGGCGACCCCAAGCAGCUGAGCCCGACCGUCUCGGGCGGCGCCGACGCCACCGACUGCCGCGGGCUGGAGCAGACGCUGUUUGAGCGGCUGAUGAAGGUGGGCGUGGACCCGAUUAUGCUGCGCAUCCAGUACCGCUGCCACCCGGCCAUCAGCCGCGUCUCCAACCAGCUCUUCUAUGCCGGCGUGCUCGAGGACGGCAUCACCAUCGACGCUCGCAGCGCCGUCGUGCCGCGCGCGGGCCCGCUCUGCUUCUUCGACGUGCUUACGGGCCGGGAGCGGCGCGAGGCAGACGGGUCCUUUUCCAACGAGCAGGAGGUGGCCUUUGCCGCGUUUCUCGUGCGCCACGUGGUGGAGGACUGCGGCGUGGCGCCAGACCAGGUCGGCGUCAUCUCCCUGUACAAGGCCCAGGCAAACGGCAUCCGCGCAGCCCUCCGUGGUAGUACUAGCAGUGGUGGUAGUGGUCGUAGCAGCAGUGGUAACAGUGGCGGGGACAGACCACAGCAGCAGCAGCAGCAACAGCAGCAGCAGCAGAAAAGGCAGAAGCGGCAAAAGGGGAGCAGGAGCGGCGGCGAGCCUGAUGCAGGCACCACGUCCGCUGGCCACGACUAUGCCGCCGUGCAAGUGAGCACGGUUGAUGCGUUUCAAGGCGGCGAGAAGGAGGUGAUUGUGCUGUCGUGCGUGCGAACGCAAGGGGUUGGCUUCAUCGAUGCGCCCGACCGCGUCAACGUCGCCAUCACCCGCGCCCGCCGCCACCUCUUCAUCAUCGGCAAGUACACCACGCUGGCCAGCAACAAGCUGUGGCGACGCGUCGUUUCCUUCUGUCGCGACCUCAAAGGCGGCUUCAUGGAGGCGCGGGAGUACCGGGCGCAGGUGCUGGAGAUGCAAUCGGAGACGGUGCUGGAGGAUGAGUACGAGGAUGAGGACGUGCUGCGAGAGGCGAUGGCAGCGAUUGAUGAGGAGGAAGGGCGGGGCAGUGGCGGAACUGGUUCAAAGGCGACGGUGACGCGGGAGAAGGGACAGCCGCGCGCCCACAUUGCUGCCGCAACUGGUGCUGGUGGCGAAGAUGAUGACAGCUGGUUGGACGACGGGUUCAUCGUGCAUGACAGUGAGGGAGCAGAGCAGGACGUGGAAGAUGACGAUAACAAAGCAGGAGGAGGAGAAGCGAGCGAACAUCACACCGACGGUGGGGAUCACACCACCAUGGAUUCAGGCCUUUCCAAGGGCAAAUCGCCCGCUGCAGUUUGCGAUGUCGAGGAUGAUGGUGAUAAUGGUGAUGAUGGAGACGAUGAGGAUGACGGUGCUGUUGCUCGGCCGUCAAGACGCGUACCGACGCUGACGCUGAACCUCUUUGAGGACUCUGAUGAUGACAAUGGCGUUGAUGGCAACGGCAACGGUGGUGGUGGGCACGACGACGACAGUGAUAGUGAGCUUGUGGCUGUAUUGUGACGCUGGCCCGCUCUGAUGCGCAGCUUUGGCGGGUCAACACUUUGCUUGUUCUCGUUCUCUUGGUGCUAUUGGAGGUUGCAUGUUGUAUGUAGCUAAUGCUGUGCACGGUCUGGCACCACACGGCACAGGAUAAACAUACCCAUCGAA